AAUUAAAAUAUACACGUAUUAUAAUACAUCUAUAGGUGCCGUAGCAGUGUCGUAUACAUAAAAUAUUAUGUUAUGUGUGAUCAUUAACGAAAAUUAAUUUAUACGAACUCUACAAAUACCUGCCUCGGGUACCUGCUCUGUACAAUCUGCAUCUAUUUUAUACUGCUGUGCCGCCGCCGAGUCGCCUGUGUAGGAUACCUGUUAAUUUGGCAGAACGGUGUAAUCUGAAUUCAUAUCGAAAAUUUAUGCGGACAACCCGCGACUGCGCCCGUGACGAAUCUCCGGAACCGUUGAAAAUGCGAAUCGGUGGCAGGGUGUUCUAUCAGCUACAAUUAUUAAUCGCUGUUUUCAGCGCCAUCGCCACAGCAUCCGUGCACGGCUUGAGAAACGUCAGGCCCGAAGGUCCAUGUGAUCCGGGAGAAUUAGUGUUUGUUGGUUUUUGCAACUUGUGCUUAUGCAAUUCUCAAGGAAUGCCAAAUCAGCUUUGCGCUAGAUCAUGGUGCCCCGUCCAAACAUCAUUACCACCCAGAAAUAAUAUACUGUAUUCAAGCACAAAUAAACCGUUCACAUGAGGAUCAUCAACCUAUGAUAAACCUACUAUCUAUGUGAUGUGUAAAUAUAUCACGAAUAAUUCAUUCCGAAUAACAGAUUUAAAUUUAACAAAAUACAUGUAAAUUCAACACGUCUAAUUUAUUGUCAAAGUCUGCGUAGGAUUAUGAUAAAAAUAGACACAAAAUAUAUUCGCAGUAAUUAUAUAACUAUAGGUUUAAUAUAAUCUCUUAACCAUGUUAUAAAAUAUUAAUGAUCUUAUUAAAACUUUACAUGUUAAUCA